GUGACAACUAAUCUACUUCCGCCUGUUUAUUUUCUUUCUCUUUUCCAUCAUCUACGAUUGAAGAAACUGCACGCAUUUCGUUGCAGCUCUCGAAUUCAAUCAAUUUUAGGAAUAAUUUAUCGAAAUGGCUAAGCGUACCAGGAAAGUAGGAAUCGUCGGUAAAUAUGGCACGCGUUAUGGUGCGUCAUUGCGUAAAAUGGUGAAGAAGAUGGAAAUCACCCAGCACGCCAAAUACACCUGCACUUUCUGCGGAAAGGAUGCCAUGAAACGAUCCUGCGUCGGAAUCUGGUCCUGCAAGCGGUGCAAACGUGUUGUCGCUGGCGGAGCCUGGGUUUACUCAACGACCGCGGCCGCUUCGGUGCGAUCUGCUGUUCGUCGUCUGCGUGAGCUGUAAAAAGUUGUAAUUUAUUUUACAUUGACUGUCUGAGUACAGAAUGUCUUGUGGUACGGCGAUGUCGGGAAAACAAGUAAUAAACUUAUCGGAUCCAUCUGGAAUGUGA